AUUCUAAAAAUUAAGCAAUCAGAAAAACACCAGAAAAAUAUACAAUAAUUUACACGCAUAUCGUAACGAAGCAUUCAGUCAUCUUUUUCCAUAUUUCAUUGUCAAAUCGAUAUUGUAGAAUAUACAAAAGUGAUAUAACAUAAGGUUGUGAGCCAUAUGUAUAUGCUUUCAUACAAUUUGCAUCUGGCGCAUUGACUUUAGUAACAAAUAGAUGGAACGAAAAUAACUGUUUUGUAUCAAUGAAUAUUUCAAAACCGGUCCGUCCCUGCAAGUUAAAGAGUUUACCAAAGAUUCCUAAUCUUAUAUAGUGCACAAUGAUAAAGCAUCAUGGAUUUUUGUCAGAAAUUCUGAAAUAACUUUAAUUAAAUAUAUCACCUGGAACCACAAAGAAGAAAUUUAAACGAAGAAAGUAGCAGAGAACGAAAGUAAACUGCCAAAUGGAGAUACAGUUUGUAGGGAAAAGAGCCCUCGUUACUGGAGCUGGGAAAGGAAUUGGGAGAGACAUUGCUAAGCGUCUUGUAGAGCUUGGUGCUGAUACGGUUGCGUUGAGCAGAACACAGUCUGACUUGGACAGCUUGAAAGCUGAAGUUCCCGCAAUUAAAAUAGUACAAUGUGAUUUGCGAGAUUGGGACAGAACAAGAGAAAGUUUACAGACCGUGGGUGACAUUGAUUUACUUGUAAACAAUGCUGGAGUCAGUAGAAUUGGUCCAUUUUUAGACGUCAAAGAAGAAGACAUAGAUUGGAUGUUUGAUAUCAAUUAUAAAGCAGUGUUUAAUGUUGGCCAGGUGAUUUCACGAUCAAUGGUGGAUAGAAAGACAGGCGGGGCAAUAGUGAACGUCUCUAGUGCAUCUACUUUCCAUGGACUAGAAGACCAUGCUGUAUAUAGUUCGACAAAGGCCGCUGUUGAUAAAUUGACACAUAUCAUGGCCCUUGAACUGGGGAAACACAAGAUACGUGUAAAUGCAGUAAAUCCCACAGUGGCCCUUACAGAUAUGGGAAAAGUAAAAUGGAGCGACCCUAUCAAUGCCGCACCUAUGAUCGCAAGAAUUCCAAUGGGAAGGUUUUUAGAUGUAUCAGAAAUUGUGAAUGCCAUAAUGUUUCUUUUGAGUGACAAAGCCACGAUGAUCCACGGAAUUACACUACCAAUAGAUGGAGGGUUACUUACUACCUAGUGUCAUUUAUGCGAAUUUAAUUUCAACAAAUUUAUAUGAAUCUUACAUGCUGUAUCUUUUUUCUAAAUUUAUUGCUAUUUAUUAUAUACUAGUAUGAAAUUUUAUUAUAACAUGACUAGAAUAACAUUGGUAGUUUACAAGUAUCUGAUUAAAAUGGAGCAAGUCACUAGAUGAAUACAGUAUUCAUGAGUUUUGAAAUUGUUUGAUAUAGGUAAACAUUUGUUGACGGU